AUGUCUGAAAAAAUAAACUAUUCUUCAUAUCUUAAGCUUGGCACUGGUUACAGAGGUAAUGUAUCGGGAUUAUUGGACUGUGUUCAUCGGCUCUCUGAUCAACCGGAGGAACAUCUGUUCAUUACCGUUCAUCAUGGAUUUGAAAUAUGGUUUAAACAAAUUCUGUUUGACUUCGGCAGAGUGAAAGGACAUUUAGAUACAGCCAGAACAAAUCGUUGUGAUGAUGCAAAAGUUCAGGAGGAACUUGGUCAAAUACCAGUUCUGCUGUUUAGAAGUCGCGACUUGCUCAGGAAUUUGCUGGAGAACUUUAACAUCAUAGAAACUAUGGGGCAACUUGCUUUUAUCAAUUUUAGAGAAUUUUUAACUGGAGGUUCUGGUUUCCAAAGUCACCAAUUCAGAAUGAUAGAGAAUUCAUUCGGACUCAAAGAGGAAAACAGGAAGAAUGUGGAUGGGUCCAACUGUUGCAUGGGAAAGAGAUCGACAGAACUGGAUUAUAAGAAAGAAUUUAGUGGAGAACAGUUGAAGGAAUUGAAUGAAGCUUUAAAUGAUACUAUAUUUGAUAAAAUUCAGGCAAUGCUAGAAGAUAUUCUAGUUGAUUAUGGUCAAGAGAAGUUUAUUGAAGAGUUCAGGACAGCUGUAAUCAAAAUGAAUGGAGGUGAAACGGUGGACCAUUUAGAGUUUAUGUUUAAUGAAGAACGGUAUCGAACUGCUCAUAUUGAAAGAGCCCGACACGUCAACAUGGUACAUAGAAUGAUUGGUGUUAAAGUGGGUACAGGGGGAACAAGUGGAUAUGAGUACCUUUCCUCAACUAUCUGUGACAGAUAUAAAGUAUUCCUGGACCUGUUUGUUAUGUCUACAUACAUUCUGCCAUCCAAAUAUUUCGAUUAA